CACUCCCACUAUUCCUACCUACAGUAUAUAUUCGUAUUAUUACUUCUAUACAUCCGCAAGCAAUCUUGUCAAGACAACUUCAUCAGUCGAGUUGUAGACACUGCUGUGAUUGUUGACUAAAUUUUUUUUAUAAAUUUGACCACUUUGAAGAUGGUUAGAAUCUUGUGCUACUUAAGAUAGUAAAUUUUUGUAAAUUUAGAACGGAGUAUGAUUUGGAAAAAGAAAUCGAAGAGUGUCAAGACUUGAAAAACAAGAUGUUUGCUUGUUUUCGGAAUUGUUUUGAAAAUUUCAGCCUUUCUGCUGUGCACAAUGAACCAAAAAAAGAAGAAAAUAUUAUUGCAUUAGAUCCAAAUCAUAUGGGGCAAAAUGUUGUUGUAGUAAAAAAUUACAGUAGAGUCUGCGGUAAAGGUGGAGUGCUGGGUAACGCUCCUUUAGUACAAAGUAAAAGCUACUUUGAAGUAAAAAUACAACAAGAAGGCAUAUGGGGUGUAGGCAUUGCAACAAGAUCCACCAAUCUUGAGGGAUCUAUUGGUGGAAUGGACGUUGAAAGCUGGGCUUUAAACUCCGAUGGAAUUAUUAGACAUAAUAAACAAGAAUUACAUAAAAUUGAAGAUCCAGCUCAAGAAGGAGACAUUAUUGGUGUAUCUUACGACCAUAUAGAAUUAAACUUUUAUUUGAAUGGAAAAUCUAUAGAAGCUCCAGUCAUGGGAGUGAAGGGAACAACUUAUCCUAUACUUUAUGUUGAUGAUGGAGCUAUACUAGAUUUUAUUUUAGAAAAUUUCGCACACAAUCCACCAAUGGGUUUUGAAAAAAUUAUGUUGGAACAAUCUUUACUUUAGUGUACAUAUAUGAGUGCAUUAUAUAAGUGCAUUUUCUCAGGCCACAUUCCUCUUAACUAAUCAUCUGUGUAUGUUCACCAAAUGCAAUUAAUAUUCAUUAGUUUAAGCUCAAACAAUGAUCAAUACAGAAGAGCUAAACUUAUUCAAUGAUUGCAUCAUCAGAACUGUUUUGAAGUUGUACCAAGACUUUAUGAAGUUCCUUUCCAUUUAGUAUUGCAGUGUUGAUAUAGUAAUAAACAAAUUUUUAGCAAUUACAUGAAAUAGCAAACGUAAACUUAUUAUAGUUUAAGUAUUAUUGCAUAACAUAUGUAAAAUCAGUGUGUAUACAAAAUAUUUGUCUAAAUAUCUCUAACGUGUAAAAUGAAAGAUUAUUUUUACUAGAGUAAAAUAUGAAAAUACAAUGAUAACACAGGAUGUUAAAUGAAAUUUCUUGAGGGCACUCAAGAUUUAUUAAUAUUUACAUAACUAAUUGAGCAAGCUUUUUGUCAAGCUGCAUUGUAUUACAAUUAUGAUAUAUUUUUAUAAUAGCAGUAUACUGGAAUCUUAAAUAUACUUGUGUAUACAAUUUAAAUAUGAAUUUUUUUUAUUUCCAAUAAUUUAGCAAUACUUAAAUCUACUCAUUACAUUAUUUACAAUCAUUUAAACUACAUAUAAAAGGAUUAGACCUUUUGUUCGCUUUAUUAGGCAUAUGUCAUGGGUUCGUUGAAAAUUUAUUUGAUAUUUUGACUUUCUUAUAUUAUACAUUCCCUAAUGCAUAGACAUCUAGUCUAAAGUGCAACACACUGUCGAAAAAACGGUUUUGUUGUAUAUAAUUAACAAAUUUUACCACCGUAACACAUUAUAUUAACAAAUACGAACUUUUAUUUAUAAAAAGUAACAAGGAUACUUUUGUUUGGACAUUUUUUCCUACGAGUACACUUACAUAGAUACACUUUAUAAAAUUUUAGACAUUGCAGUUGUCUUUUUUUAAUUUUUCAAUAAACCUUGGAUUUCGUUAUGGCACUAUUAAAAAGGUUUAAAACUUGUUCAACUUAUAUUAUAUGCACAACAUACAAUUUACUUUCAUUAAACCGAUGAAAUAUUCUAAUUCACAAGGUUUGUGAUUUUGUAAGUUAACUUAAAAGCUAAUGAUUUUAUAAAAAAAGUUUUAACAUUGCAGUCAUAAUUGUAUGUGUAAACUUUCAUACAGCUUACAUUAAUGUAAGAAAUCUUUGGUCCUUAAGAUUAUAAAUAUCUUUAACAUAGGAUAAAAUAUCAUUGAACAUUGAGUGAUGAUGACCUUCAGUUUAAAGAACAUGAUCAAUCAUUUAAAAAAUAUAUCAAC